AGCACAUCCUUUUCCUCCUCCACAGAAUAUGAUAUUUGGAUUCUCAAUUCCAGCCUUUCCAUUUUGUAUUGUGGAAUGUAGGUUGAUAUUGUGGACUUCAAUGGUAGAUUUUUGGCUCGGUGCAAAUCCCAUGAUAUUAGUCAUUACUAAGGUUGAUUUACUUGCCAAGGGGACUGAUUUUAAUUGUAUUGGUGAUUGGGUUGUGGAGGCCACCGUAAAGAAGAAGCUUAAUGUUAUGAGUGUUCAUCUGACGAGUUCAAAGUCUUUGGUUGGAGUAGCUGGAGUUGCAUUAGAGAUUCAAAAGAAGAAGGGACGGGACGUGGAUGUUAUGGUGAGCUUCUUGGUGGGAAUUCUGGAAGUUUACUUAGUACUGAUUUAUAUUACAUUUUUCUGUAGGGCUACGCAAAUGUUGGGAAAUAAGCUUUUAUGAGUGCUUUACUGAAACUGAUGGCAGAAAAGGAUCCAGUUGCUGCAUCAGCGCAAAAGUACAAACCAAUACAAUCUACUGUUCCUGGAACUUCCUUGGGUCCAAUUCAAAUCAAUGCUUUCUUAGGAGGAGGGGUAUGCCAGGGUAUCUGUAUUUUACCAAUGGCCUUUCAGUAUUUAGUGGAGUAACCUUCUAUCAUCUGCAGAAAUUAUAUGACACACCUGGAGUUCAUCUCCACCAUAGGCAAGCAGCAGUGGUUCAUUCAGAGACCUACCUUCCCUUGCUCCUCAAAGUCGGCUUAGGGGUCAAUCUUAUCAAUACAUUUGCUUCAUAUAUAGUACCAAGAAUAUGAUAUUUGGAUUCUCAAUUCCAGCCUUUUCAAGAGGUUUGCGAUACACUGAUUUGUAGUUUUGUAUCUAUGGAAACAAUAUCAGCUCUAUCGAGCCAUGUCAAAGAAACUUAGCUCUCAAAAUGCAAUCCAA